AAGUUUAUCGGCAUCGGUGCAACCUUGUGCCAACUUUUGGGAGCACUCGUGUGGAGGUUGGUUGAGAGAAAAUCCUAUCCCAGCUACCAAAUCCAAGUGGGACAUCCAGGAACAACUCAAGUAUCAAUCUCUCGCCGAGAUGCGCUCGAGUUUAAGCACCAUGGACGAGCCUCAGGACUCGAACAGCAUCGAGUGGAAGCUGCGUACCUUCUACUGGUCCUGCAUGAACAUGGGGUCCUAUCUUAAGAACGCCAUCACCCUCCUCCGGCGUACAAUCAUCACAGACUUGCAUGGCUGGUACCUUCUACGGGACACGUGGGACCUCCGGCGCUGGGACUUCGAUGUCGUGCUCACCAAACUACACGCCGAGUUCGGAGUGUCUCCGUAUUUCCGCAUCACUGUGGUGCCCGACCCUUACAAUGAGGGCAAGAACAUCAUUAAGUUGGUGCCUUCGGGCUUUUCGAUGCCUCACCGCAGCUACUAUGAUCGUCUUCCUAAUAACGACUUGGAGAAAGCAUUCAAACAAUACGCGAAGGAUACAGCCAAGAUGUUUGAAGCCAGCGGACCUGAUGCCCUGGAGUUUGCCUCACAUUUAUACUACUAUGAGAGCCGCAUUGCAGAAAUAACUCCACCUCAGUCCCAUCUCGAUGACCCUAUAGCGUCUAACCUUAAGAUCAACAUUGGAGUGCUCGGCAUGAUGUCAUCCAGCAUACCAUGGCUGGACCUUCUAAGGAACGUGUUCCCCAGCAGCAAACUGGACCACAGGACCGAAGUUCUCGUUGUAUCACAUGAGUAUUUCUCCGAUCUCUCCAAGCUGAUCUCUACCACUGACCGCAGGCAGCUGAACACAUACCUGAUUUUCAACUUCGUCUCGUAUUAUCUGCCUUAUUUGCCUGACAAAGACAAAAGGGUUUUGGAUCUUUACAGCAGAGAAUUUACAGGUGCUCAACGGCCUCUGGAACGAUGGGAGUUUUGCAUCCAGUCCACAUCACAAUUUUUCAGCUACGGUUUAGGUUCUCUGUACGAGAGAACGCCUGCGAGGAUGAAAAACAGGGACCCUACUAUUGAAACGGUCACGAAAAUAUUUAAUCAGAUUCGUCGGACUUUAACGAUCAGCCUCGCCCACAGCCGAUGGUAUCCCAUGGAGACCAAAGCAAGACUCAGCGCCAAGUUAUCGAACAUGAGCAUCACGGUUGGCUACCCAGACUCUCUGUUGGAUCGCCGGGUUAUCGAUGAACAUUAUAAAGACUUCACAAUCUUCACCAAAGACUUCUUCAAAAAUCUCAGAGACUCGAUUCUGAACGGACGGCGUCACAUGGAGAAGCAGCUUCUGGAACCAGAGACUGAGAAGCCGUGGAUGGCAGCUCUGGCUGGCGACAACAUCGCUUACGUUCACCCCUCCAACCGAAUUGUCAUCCCUCCACACUGGCUUAACCCACCCUAUUUUCAUCCCAACUACCCGGCGGCUAUGUUGUACGGCGGUAUCGGUGUUCGAAUCGCAAGAGAGAUGCUCCGAGCCUUCGACUCCGUGGGACUGUCCUGGGACAGCCAUGGCCGACUGGUUACUCCAACGUCGUACACUAAUAGGACUGUGGAGAAUUUACGAGGCGUGGCAGAGUGCGUGGCAGCUUCCACAUCCGACCUCUCGAUCGAAGACGAUAACGUCAUCCAACACACGGCCAGUGACACCGCCGCGGAGGUGGAUGCAGUCAGACAAACUUAUAAGGCGUACUUGUCGCUGAUGAAGCGUGAACCCCAGCCUCAAGCCGCGAGUUUUGAGCGUCUAAAUACCACACAUAUUUUCUUCUUGUCUUACGCGGGGAGUCUGUGCACGAAUACAACCACACAAAGGGAAGAUAUUGAAAGAACAUGUAAUUUGUCGCUUCUAGGACAUCCCAGGUUGAGCGCAGUUUUGGCACAACUGCCGGAGUUCAGCGAAGUCUUCGAAUGUAAUAGCGCCUCCCCGCACUACCCUCGCCGAGUGUGCACGUCCCUUCAUUAAUUGGUAAUUUCUGGUGAUAAUUAACUGUUCAAAAAGGUAGCACUCAGCCCGGUGGUGCCCUGCUUCACGAUCAGUUCGGUGGUGCGCAGCUUCACGAUCGGUCCGGUGGUGCGCAGCUUCACGAUCGGUCCGGUGGUGCGCAGCUUCACUGCUUCAUUCGCCCUGGUGGUACGUAGCGUCAUGAUCAGCCCGGUGGUGCGCAGCGUCACGUGGCCCGGUGGUGCACAGCGUCACUCGGUCCGGUGUGGCGCAGCGUCGCUCGGUCCGGUGAUGCAUAGCUUCACUCGGUCCGGUGGAUCGCAGCUUCACUCGGCAAUACACGGUCAAGUGCAGGCUGACACUCGGUGUAAGCUACGGCGCGAAUAAUGCCGCUCAGCACCGGCACCAACACUCUAUGUAAGGAACAGCACGAAGAUGCGGUGCAUGCGACGGUGCCAAAAUUCGAGCAGCCAAUCGACGACGGGGCCGAGUGACGGCGGCAACGCUCGGGCCAAGUGACGGCAGCACCCGGGACGAGUGACGGCGGCAACGCCCGGGCCAAGUGACGAUGAUAGCGCCCGGGCCGAGUGACGACGACCACGCCCGGGAAAAGUGACGGCGGCAACGCCCGGGCCGAGUGACGGCGGCAACCCCCGGGCCGAGUGACGGCGGCAACGCCCGGGCCAAGUGACAGCGGCAACGCCCGGGCCGAGUGACAGCGGCAACGCCCGGGCCGAAUGACGGCGGCAACGCCCGGGCCGAGUGACGGCAGCAACGCCCGGGCCGAAUGACGGCGGCAACGCCCGGGUCGAGUGACGACGGCAACGCCCGGGUCGAGUGACGACAGCAACGCCCGGGUCGAGUGACGACGGCAACGCCCGGGUCGAGUGACGACGGCAACGCCCGGGCCGAGUGACGGCAGC